UUGUAAGGUCGUACACAGCGAACAUCCGCUGGCUGAUUCAUGAACUGUGACCAGUCAUUAUUGUAUGUAUUUCGAUACUAUCCUAUCCAAUAUUGAUACGCCUUGGUUCACAUAGUUAAGAUGCUUGGAUAUACAGUAUACACAGUAACAAUGAUAGAAAUGGACUAAUAUUCUAAUUAUAUGGACUUGUAAUUAAUAUUUGAUAAAAUAAUAAAUAUAAAUUAUCAUCAAAAAGCGCCCAAUAUGGAUUUAAAAUUACAUACAGUAUUUUUGGUACUCACGAACACUUUCUUGUGUAUUAGAAGCAAUGAGGUUUCUACGGACCAGUUUGCAGGGGUGGGUUUUCCCCUCGAGAACACUGCCGGUUACUCAUCGAUCCCUAGCGGGGGUUACAAGGCGUUUAUGUCUCCUUCAAUGGGAGAGUUGGGCGAUGGCGUUGUAACUGGCUUCGAAACGUACCUCUCGGCCAUUUUGCCAUUUGAGUUCCAAAUAUGGCGUCCUGCUUCGGCCGCUAAUUCAUACACGCUUGUCUUUACAUACAGAGUUGAAACGCCGACACUUGGAAAUCUGAGGGUGAAUUUACCCGAAUCCGAACAAUUCCAAGUUAAAGCGGGAGACAAAGUGGGGUUCUACGCCGACUCGGAGGCGUUCGCACUUGGCUCCAUCUUUGAUAUGGCUCUUGCACAAGCAGGCGCAAGUUAUGUCAUUCUGGACAUCAAUGCCCCACCUACUGUAGAUGUUGAUUAUACCUGGUCGACCUUUGUUUAUCCAUUCAAGUUCUCCUUCGGUGCCCACUGGUACAAUGAUACUGAUGAGUGCCUUACUGGCAAUGGUGGCUGUGAAACGACUUGUGAGAAUACAAAGGGGAGUUAUAUAUGUAGCUGUAGUUCAGGUUUCGUCCUAGCAGCUAACAGCCAUGACUGCGAAGAUAUCAACGAGUGCCUUACUGGCAAUGGUGGUUGUCAAACAACAUGUACUAACACACCACCUGGGAGUUUCACCUGUAGUUGUAAUCCUGGUUCUGUCCUAGCAGACAAUGGCCGUGAUUGCGAAGCAUCUGGUGCGACAACAAAUGAAGCAACUACAAGUGAUGAAACAACCACUCCUGGUAAUGGGGCUACGACCAAUCAAGUAACGACCGAAGUUACUGUUCCAGCGACUACUAAAGUAACAACCAAUCAAGUAACUACCGAAGCUACUGUUCCAACGACUACUAAAGGAACAACCAAUCAAGUAACUACCGAAGUAACUGUUCCAACAACUCAAAAAGUAACAACCAAUCAAGUAACUACCGAAGUUACUGUUCCAACGACUACUAAAGGAACAACCAAUCAAGUUACUACCGAAGUUACUGUUCCAACAACUCAAAAAGUAACAACCAAUCAAGUAACUACCGAAGCGACUGUUCCAACAACUCAAAAAGUAACAACCAAUCAAGUAACUACCGAAGCUACUGUUCCAACGACUACUAAAGGAACAACCAAUCAAGUUACUACCGAAGUUACUGUUCCAACAACUCAAAAAGUAACAACCAAUCAAGUAACUACAGAAGCUACUGUUCCAACAACUCAAAAAGUAACAACCAAUCAAGUAACUACCGAAGUAACUGUUCCAACAACUCAAAAAGUAACAACCAAUCAAGUAACUACCACAGCUACUGUUCCAACAACUCAAAAAGUUACAACCAAUCAAGUCACUACCCAAGUUAUUGUAUCAACGUCACAAGAAACUACGGAAGCUAUUGUCUCAACCACUGUGACCGAUCCUGCUGACCCUACAACUGUUAGUGAAGUAACCACGUCAGCAGCACCUCUAUCCAGUUCUCCCCCAACUCUCCCAGACGGAGGCUCUACACUUCCAGACUCGGGAGGUGGUUCAAAUACGACACCAGCAAGUUCUGUGGGACCACCAGGUGACAAGGGAGAUCCGGGGCAGAAAGGUGCAAAAGGAGAACGUGGGAAUACUGGGACGAACGGAGCAAAUGGCGAUACUGGUCCAAAAGGCGACGCAGCUUCAGCAGGGGCCAAGGGAGACACUGGCGUUGAAGGUGACACGGGACCAAAGGGAGCGCAAGGGAACAUGGGGAAUGAAGGAUCAAAAGGUGAACCAGGAAUACGAGGUGACGAUGGAACCAAUGGUCAAAGGGGAGAGCGGGGAGAAACAGGACCAAAGGGAAAUCAAGGCCCAGAGGGUCCGGCCGGUGAUGGUACUAUAGGACCACCUGGCUCCCAGGGACCCAAGGGUGAUUCUGGAGAGCCUGGUCCCAAAGGAGAUCCAGGAAGCAAUGGUUCUGCUGGUGGCGUUGGAGCGGCUGGAGCUAAAGGUGGACCGGGGGCUAAGGGUGACACUGGCACCCCCGGCACAGAUGGAUCGAAAGGAGAUAAGGGCCAAGCUGGACUACAGGGGGAGCAAGGACCUACAUUCUCUGACGUGAAUGAAUGUUCGGUCGCUGGAGUCUGUGAAAGUAACUGUGUCAACACCUUUGGUUCAUACUACUGCACUUGCCCCGCUGGAUACAGCCUCCGAACGGAUAAACGAACAUGUGCGGACAUUAACGAAUGCUCCGUUGACAAUGGUGGGUGCCAACACGAAUGUUUGAACACUGACGGGAGCUUUAGAUGCGUCUGCUCAAGAACCGACGAAGAACUGGGGCUGGAUAGAAAAUCCUGUAUCGUGUCAAAGAAAUGUGGUUUGAACAAUGGAGGUUGCACUUCCGGUCAAAUGUGUGUUGAGUCGACCCCUGGCAAUGCCCCCUAUUGUCUAUACGAGGCAACCGCGUCAUUCCUCGCACCGUCCUCCCCAAAUGCACAACAGGCAGUCAGUGAUUUAGAUAAUGCUCUCUUGAACUCCACGACGUUGCUCAUCCUCAUCAUCUGGAUGAUUGUCGUGACCCUCAUCUGCUUCAUGCUCAUAAUUGUUCUAUUCAGUAUACGUAAAGUGCAACAUAAUGAAGAAAUGCAGGGAAUCAAGGGCGGGCGUUUAGACUAUAGUGAUUAUGGCAGGCAGAGGCCAGAGGCAUACCUGAGGGAAAACAUACACAUAUAUUAGGCCAUAUAGAUUUUAUUGACUUAUACACCAUAUUCCAAUUAUUGUAAAUUUAAAACUAUUACAGAGAUAGUCCAGAACGCCAUGAAGGCUGACUGAGUAACGACUUUUGAACAUGUGUGCGCAUGACGUCACUACAUUUAUGAAAGACAAUAUUAAAAAGAUCCAAUAUUUUUAUCAGUUGCUGUUUUCCGAUAUUUUUUGUUUGGAUAAUUAUUUACAACAUUGAACUGAUAAAAACUGUUCUAUUAAUUCAUGAUAUUACAGGUAAAAUCCGCAAAUGUUUGUCACAUUUUACAGUAAUGGGACUGUUUUGUUGAAAAUCAUUAUUUUGGCA